AUGAAGGGGAAGAGAGAGAGGAAGGAGAAGGGCGGGAACGAGGAAGGUCCGAGCAAGCCGGGUGCGGGCAAGAUGAGGAGGGAGGAGAAGAUGAAGAAUAUCUCGACGAUGAUCGAAGUCACGAGCGAGGGGAAGGUGUCAGACAAGCUUGUGGACGGGCUGGAUGAGCUUCAGAUCGUCAAGUACGACAAGAGGCUGGCAAGUUACGUGCAGGUCGGGUCGACAUGCUGGUGGGUCGCCGCUCAAGUUUGA